CCCCACCUCAGGCCACCCACCUCCAUCCACUCCUCAUAGAGCGUAAGGCCUCCCUUGCGGAGUCAACAAAGUCUGGCAUAGCAAGUUCAGGCACUUAAAAUGUUCAGGUCCUUAAAAUAACAAGUUGGACUGAAGAAAUGUUUCUCUGGCAGUAAGAACUUAAAGGAGUUUCCAGAUUGUUUGAACUUCUCUGGCCGCACAAUACAGGAAGGAAGGCUGCAGCAGCCCAGGGACCUCCAGCGUCUGCAGCAUGGGCUGGUUCACUGGGAUUGCCUGUCUGUUCUGGGGUGUAUUACUUACAGCAAGAGCAAACUAUGCAAACGGGAAGAACAAUGUGCCAAGACUGAAAUUAUCGUACAAAGAAAUGUUGGAAUCCAACAAUGUGAUCACUUUCAAUGGCUUGGCCAACAGCUCCAGUUAUCACACUUUCCUUUUGGAUGAGGAACGGAGUAGGCUGUACGUUGGAGCAAAGGAUCAUAUAUUUUCAUUCAACUUGGUGAAUAUUAAAGAUUAUCAAAAGAUUGUGUGGCCAGUGUCUUACACCAGAAGAGAUGAAUGCAAAUGGGCCGGAAAAGACAUCCUGAAAGAAUGUGCUAAUUUCAUCAAGGUCCUGAAGGCUUAUAAUCACACUCACUUGUAUGCCUGUGGAACUGGGGCUUUUCAUCCAGUUUGCACGUAUAUUGAGGUUGGACAUCAUCCUGAGGACAACGUUUUUAAACUGCAGGACUCACAUUUCGAAAAUGGUCGUGGGAAGAGUCCUUAUGACCCCAAACUGCAGACAGCCUCUCUUCUAAUAGAUGGUGAGCUGUACUCUGGAACUGCCGCCGACUUCAUGGGCCGAGACUUCGCUAUCUUCCGAACGCUGGGGCACCACCACCCCAUCAGGACCGAGCAGCAUGACUCUCGGUGGCUCAAUGAUCCUAGAUUCAUCAGUGCCCAUCUCAUCCCAGAGAGUGACAACCCUGAAGAUGACAAAGUGUAUUUUUUCUUCCGAGAAAAUGCAAUAGAUGGAGAACAUUCUGGAAAAGCUACUCAUGCUAGAAUUGGUCAGAUGUGCAAGAAUGACUUUGGCGGACACAGAAGUCUUGUGAAUAAAUGGACGACGUUCCUGAAGGCACGCCUGAUUUGCUCCGUGCCAGGCCCAAAUGGCAUUGACACCCAUUUCGAUGAAUUGCAGGAUGUCUUCUUAAUGAACUCUAAAGAUCCUAAAAAUCCGAUUGUCUAUGGAGUGUUCACAACAUCGAGCAACAUCUUCAAGGGAUCUGCUGUGUGUAUGUACAGUAUGAGUGACGUAAGAAGAGUGUUCCUUGGUCCGUAUGCUCACAGAGAUGGCCCCAACUAUCAGUGGGUGCCUUAUCAAGGAAGAGUGCCCUAUCCACGGCCGGGAACUUGUCCGAGUAAAACAUUUGGUGGAUUUGACUCCACAAAAGACCUUCCUGAUGAUGUCAUAACCUUUGCAAGAAGUCACCCAGCCAUGUACAAUCCAGUAUUCCCCAUUAAUAACCGCCCAAUAAUGAUCAAAACGGAUGUAAAUUAUCAGUUCACACAAAUUGUUGUAGACCGAGUGGAUGCCGAAGAUGGCCAGUAUGAUGUCAUGUUCAUCGGAACAGAUGUUGGGACUGUCCUUAAGGUGGUCUCAGUCCCCAAGGAGACUUGGCAUGACUUAGAGGAGGUUCUUCUGGAAGAAAUGACAGUCUUCAGGGAACCAACAACUAUAUCAGCAAUGGAACUUUCUACGAAGCAGCAACAACUGUACAUUGGCUCAGCUGCUGGGGUGGCACAGCUUCCUCUCCAUCGCUGUGACGUUUACGGCAAGGCCUGUGCAGAAUGCUGCCUCGCCCGGGACCCUUACUGUGCCUGGGAUGGGUCAUCGUGCUCACGCUAUUUUCCCACUGCAAAGAGACGCACAAGACGACAAGAUAUAAGAAAUGGAGACCCACUGACUCACUGUUCAGACUUACAGCACCAUGAUAAUCACCAUGGGCACAGCCUUGAGGAGAGAAUCAUCUAUGGAGUGGAAAACAGUAGCACAUUCUUGGAAUGCAGUCCAAAGUCACAGAGAGCCUUGGUAUACUGGCAAUUUCAGAGGCGAAAUGAAGAUCGUAAAGAGGAGAUCAGAGUAGGGGACCACAUCAUCAGGACAGAACAAGGGCUUCUGCUUCGCAGUCUGCAAAAGAAGGAUUCAGGCAACUACCUGUGUCACGCUGUGGAGCACGGAUUCAUGCAAACUCUUCUUAAGGUGACCCUGGAAGUCAUCGACACAGAACAUUUGGAAGAACUUCUUCAUAAAGAUGACGAUGGAGAGGGCUCAAAGACCAAAGAAAUGUCGAGCAGCAUGACGCCCAGCCAGAAGGUCUGGUACAGAGACUUCAUGCAGCUUAUCAACCACCCCAACCUGAACACGAUGGAUGAGUUCUGCGAACAAGUGUGGAAAAGGGACCGAAAGCAGCGGCGACAGAGGCCGGGGCACUCUCAAGGGAGCAGCAACAAGUGGAAGCACAUUCAGGAGAGCAAGAAAGGUAGAAACAGGAGGACCCACGAAUUUGAGAGGGCACCCAGAAGUGUCUGAGCUACACCACCUCCAACCUCAAACAAGUAUAGACUCGCUUAGAUAAUAACUGGAAAAAUGCAAUACACAUGGACAUUUUCAUGGCAUUAUGUGGAUGUUUACAAUGGUGGGAAAUUCAACCGGGUUCCACCAAUUUAAAUGACGUCCCUGAGGAACUUUCCCAGCAGGCUUUCUUCAGGAUGCCAACACCUGACAGAGAUCACAGGUGAGCACAGAUGUUCACAUCAGCCAACUUAGUGUUUCCUCUAAGAGUUCAUUUUGCUUUCUUCUUUGCCUGAGAGAUAAAAAUGUCACUUGCCAUAUUGCCCUUGAAGCGAGAAAAACUGCAUCAGCAAAGCCAUUUUAUUGAAGCAAGAGUUGAAAAUAAACUGCAUGGAUUUAGUAAGCAGAUGAAUAUUCCAAAACGUGAUUGGAUUCAAGGAUGUUUUGUCUACCAGCACUCGUGUUUGUGUGUACUGGAGGAUUAAGAUAAGGCAAAGGAAACUAAGUGAAAUAGUGUGUGGAAAUGUACAAACACAAACCAUCCAUCAUCCAGAAGAAUAAUGGAAUACACUGAUCUACUACUGAUGUCUUCUUUCAGCUUUGAUCUAAAGAUGUAUUUUAUUAAAACUAUAAUUUAAAUGUACCAUGACAAAUAUGCAGUAAAAAUUAGCUGUUUUCUAAGCUAGAGUAGGUUUUUGUCUUACACCUAUUGUGCUAUAUAAUUUGUUUAAAAAUUCCAACUGUGUGCUGCUCUUUUUCACACUUUGUUUUCAGUUCUGUAAGGGUUAGUAUAUUACUUUAGAUACAUACUCUCACCAUUAACUGUUAAUUAUUGAAACCAAGAUAAGAAUUAUGGUUUUCUCCCCUUGAGGAAAUCAAACAAAUAGAAGGUUUUACCACCACCCCCUACUUUUAAAGGUAUUAUCUAAGUUAAUUAUGACAUGCAUAAUGUUCUUAGCCAACCAAAAAAUUAAGACAGCACAGAAGGGAAGAACACAUUCAUUAGAUGCAUUCUGAAGGAUCAAGAGAAAAAAAAGAACUGUGUAUCUCAUGAAAAUAGCAUUGUCUUAUCAUAGUGUUACUAAAAUGUCUCUUUAUUCCUUGCUUGAAUAUUUGCAUGAUAUGUGAGACACAGGACCUCUCAUGAUUCCACAUUUCACUAGGGAUUCUAUGUUUUAUCAUUUAAUGAUUUCGGAAAGAGAGAGAUCAAGGACACUUGGAACACCCCAAUGACACAUUUCCCAACCAUUUCUUUCUAAAUCAACUAUAUUUUCUCCACCCUAUAUAAUACAAUUAUUUGUAUGAGGAACAUAUUAAGUAUUUUCAUCUCAAUGAGAAUGAAUUUAUAAGCUAUUUUCAGAUUACACACUUCACUUAGAAAGUGCGAAACUCUUUGUUUUAUGAAUAACAUACAAGAUAAUACAAAAUAAUUAAGAAUUUGCCCCCUUUGUUGAUUAAAAAAGGUUUCUUGAGAAUCAUUGAGUUCAAAAUUCAUAAGACUUUCUGCAUAAUGAAACAGUUCAUUGGCAUGAAUCUCAUCACUUCAGGAAUCCCCCCACAGAUCCUUCACAUGCACAGAAAGGCAAGUAAACAUCUUCCUGCUAAUUAAUGAAGUGGCGCUGAUAUUUUAUCUCCAGUUGUCUCAGGAUUCUAAUUAACUAAACAUUAAUUUCUCACCUCAACUGCAGUAAAUUGUUAUUCCCUCUCCACUGAAAUACUUCACAGAUGGAAGCUCAUGUUUCAGUUUUAAUGAUUACUUAAAUAAACAAUUUGUUGACACGUCUUUCAAAUAAAAGCCUAAAAAUAUUCUACAUCUGAUUUUAGGCUCCUUGACUAACAUGGUGUUGCUUUUGGAAGUACAUCCUCAAAGGCAAGCUGAAUUGAUAAAUUCUUUGAAGAUCACAGUUUUUAACAGAGAAUAGUACCAGAAAUACUAAGUCAGAGAAAGCAGGGUGCUCCAUAUAAGCCAUUUUUCAUUUUCAUAGAGUCUUAUCCAUCUGAACAUUUUAUGUAUGUUUCAUUCUAAAUUUGCAGCUGAAACAAGUUUAUUUGUAAUUACAUAAGUCUCUCAUUUCUUUCUAGUUCUUAACAAUAAAGGAGUUGAAGGAAUGAAGAUUGUAUGAUAACUUCAUGAAUGCCUUCCAAAAUCUGAAUGCAUUUUGUUUAGCACUAUGAAAUAGCAAUAGAAAAAAGCUUAGGCUUCAAUUAAAAGUGUUACAAACAAACAAAUAUAUUGACAUGUCUUUAUCAAUCACCAUGUCUGAGUUUUCAAAGGAAGUUACUAAUGUAACUUACAAAUAAAUAAAUCUGAUGAGAGUCGUAAUCUGCCAAUGUGUAUUGAGAGAAGGCAGUUUGCACGAAGAAGAAUGAAUGUCCCACUUGCUAAGUUAGAUGGACUUUGGCAUAUGCAUGUGUCAUCCCAGGUGAGAUCUGCAUAGGAGAUGCAUGUGACAUAUCACCUCAGCAGUCUUAAUGUCUGAAAAAUCAGAUACAGCACAGCGGAGAGGCCAGGCCCCGCCGAUAGCAACUGUAACGUGUAAAUGCAUGUGGAUGCACACUUACUGCUUCUUUUAUGUAUAGCUUAGUGAUUUAUAAUGGUAUGUGUUUAAUAUUUUUGCUACCUACACAUUAGGCAAGGAGGUGUAAAUAAUUUUGAAAAGAUGAGGAAGAACAGCAUAAAAUACAAGUUUCUAUAGAUGCUCCAUUUCAGUGUGUUCAACAUCAUCCUGGAGUGCAAGAUUUCCCAUACGAGUGACACGGUGGCUUAUGUACUACUUAAGGGCAGAGAGUGUGUGCCCCUCCAUAAGCAUGCUUUUUGCCAGGUCGUAAAUUGUUCCAUAUCUGUAUUUAUCGUUGCAUUUCAGAUGGGAACUAGAAAACUGGAGAGAAAAAUGUAAUGAUAUUGCUGCUGUAAAUUAUUCCUUUUUAGCAUGUACUCAGUUGCUAAAUACACAUUUCUUCAAAAUAUUUGAAUUCAGAUGUCUUUACUGUUCCCUGUAACAUAUGGUAUUGAGGAACGUAAGCUUCAAAAGUUUGGAGAACCAGAGUCAGGGAGCUGCAUAAUUAGCUAACAGAUUUCUUCCCUGUAGUCAUCUGUAAAUUGUAUUCUAUAUUUAUAGUGACAAUGUGAAUUUUUAUGCCCUUUAAAUUAAAUAUUGUUCUCUUUAUGCCAUACCUGGAAGAAAAACAUGGAGAUGAAAGUUUCACCUCAUAAUCUAUUUGCUUUUAUUCAGGGUAUAUAUGGAUGCUAGAUAACUGGUAGAGGGAGGCCUGUCUUGAAGCUCAUGGGCAAGCGUCAUAUUCAUAUGGGUUCAUUAGAGUAAUUCCUUCAAGUCUUUCUAUAAAGAUUGCUUUUUAAAACACAAUUUUAAUUUAAUGAAAGUCCUUCAGGUAUGUCGGUUCAAAGAUACAUUUGACAAACAGGACUUAGCACUAUUAUAUAACAAAUCCAUGCUUUUAAUUUUAACUUGUUAAUAAUUAUUUAAGGUCAAUGUUAAUAUUUGCAAUAUAUGUUUCCAUAAAGAAGAAAACAUUAUUUUUCAAAAGUAUACAAAUCCUAUAAGUGUGUUAUACUUUAAAAACUUUCUUAUACUAGUUAGUUAAAGAAUCACGCAUUUGUACAUUAACAAAUAAAGGCAACCCCAAGAUGAAGGAGAAGAGAGGGCUGCAGAAUUGGAUCCUCAUAACUGGUCUGUUUCCCCUGACCAGCCUACAGAGAAAAGGGUUCCUUCUUCAUUUCAAACACUCAAAUGCACAGACCCUGGUGAUGCUAUAGGUCAGAUCAAACCAAUAAAAGCAGGAUGAAUUUAAGUCAAGAUAUUGGGAGCCAGAUGCGGCAGCACAUGUCUGUAAUCCCAAAAAGAGGAUGAAGCAGGAUUAAGCAUUUGAGGUCGACUUGGGCUAAGGAAUGGGACCCUACAUCAAACAAGCAACCAAAAGAUUAAAAAGAAAAAAAUUCAUUUUCUAGACACUUUGUCCCUUAAAAGUAGACUUCAACCCGUUCUGAUCUCAUGACUGUGAACUUGUGAGGUGAUGUGAUGCUAAGAAGAGGGAGGCAUGGCCCUACCUUCACAAAGCUCAAACCAAACAAUGACACACGUUGUCAUCACAUAUCACAAUCCUUUUCUCUUACCAUUAGCCUUAGACCACAGCAAUGCAUCUGCCUUGAUACUGUGCCCUCUUUGUGCUUUGCUGCCCCACUUACCACAGUGGUGCAGUGCACCUACUAUGCACCUAUUUCCCUCUCUAGACUGUAAUUUUCUUGAAGUCAAGGGUUUUGCUUUGUUUAUGACAUGGAAUCAUGUAGCUCAGGCUGGCCUUGAACUCACAAUAUUGCCAAGAGGCUGACUUUAAAUUCCUGUUCAUACUGACUCCACCUUUUGAGUCACAGGCAUACAUCACCAUACCUAGCAUGGUUUGUGGCCAGUUGGUUUUCCCCUGGUGCCUUGUAUGAUACUAAGUAAAGAUGGAGCUCAGCCAAUCAGUGCUGAAAAGAACCACGUUGCAAUGAGCUAAGUGCCCAAUUGAAGUCCCAGCAUAAAUGCUGUGAUUCAGGAGGAAGGGAAGCAUUAGGGUUUGGUGAGAGAUCUGGAGAGUUUCAGAGAAUGAAUGACAUGUAAACUAUGACCUGAAGUAUCAGUUGGAUUUUCCUAGACGGAAGAAAGAAAAGCUCUUCUGGGUUACAGAAAUACAACUAAAGAGAGAAGCAGUGAAAACUGCUAUUUCCUUCCAUAUAACAAGUAUUCCAGAUGAAUGGAGCACAGUGUUCAUUUUUUUAAAAGGGGGCAAAAUAUCUCACUGCUUUGAGUCAAAAUGGCAUAUUAAUUUCUGAGUUUGAUUUAUGUUCUGCUCUUUGUCAGUCACAUUAUCAUCCAGGCAUACAGAGUUGUAUGUUAGGUGUUCUUCCUUACUUCCUCCACACACUGAUAGUCUUCCUUCUUUUCCUUUUAUUGAAAAUGGAUUUUUUUCCCUCACUUACUACAUCCUGAUUACAAUUUCCCCUCCCUCUACUCUUCCCAGUUUCUUCCCACUUCCCCUCCCAUUGGGAUCCGCUCUCUUUCUGUCUCUCAUUAGAAAACAAACAGGCUGCUAAAGGAUAAUUGUAAAAUAAAAUAUAGUAAGAUAAAACAAAAUCUAGCAAGCGAGUCUCUGUUUCCUGUGCCUUCUCUUGGGCUCUUGUCUGUCUCUGUGUUUGUUUCCUCCAAAUCCUGUGUCUUAGCUUUCUUCUUAAUACUGACAACACCUGUCUUUCCAGUGACACAAAAUACUCCACAUAAUGUUUUUUUUCUGUAGUUUAAUCACCAUGCUUCGGCUGGAUUCUGAGUCCCAC